AUGCAGCAGUACACAUACAGCCACGUCCACGGCAGGUGGCCCACGCCGGGCAGCUCGUCCUACGGCGUCAACUCGACGUCGACCCAGCAGGGAGCAGGAGCUCUGCAGACGCCGGGGGGAUCGCAGUAUCCCCUCAAUGCCGCCAACGGCACCCAGCCGCCCAUGGGCACGACGCCGUACACGCCACGAACCGUCUACGGCCAACCGUACAGCGCCCAGCGAAGCACCCCGUCUCCCACCGCCGCCGGAGAGGCAUCGUAUGAGCACCACCCGUUCCAGUCGUCUGCCAGCCAGGACAACCACUCCAGCUUGCCCACCAGUCUGCCCUCCGUCGCCAUGAGCCAGCCGCCCGCCAUGACGAACACGCCUUCGCUGGCCAACACAGCCGGCGCCCACCAGGAACCGUACGGCCACGGCCGGUCGUCCAUCAGUGCGCCCAGCUACGCCCCGUCGUCGAGUGCUCAGGGCCAGCCCGGCUUCUCCUACGCACCGCAGCACUCGCCCAACAACCACUCCUCCGCGGGUGCGGCGCCGCUUUCUCGGGGCCUGGGUUCACUGUCCGGCCAGCAUCCGCUGCCCUCCCUGGAGCCUCCGGCCUCUUAUCGCGCUCCCUAUCCGGCUUACCACUCGCCAAUGGGGGGAAUGGGCGGCCCGAUCAUGUCCAACAUUCACCAGCCCGGCAGCCAGCUCUCGAUGAUUCCCGGCAUGGUGCCUACCUACGGCGGACCCGGCUUGAUGUAUCCUCACCCGCCACCCCAGUCACAGCCCGAGCGGCCUUUCAAAUGCGACCAGUGCGUGCAGUCCUUUAGCCGUAACCAUGACCUGAAACGCCAUAAACGGAUUCACCUGGCUGUCAAGCCUUUCCCGUGCAACUACUGUUCCAAGAGCUUUUCAAGAAAGGAUGCCCUCAAGAGACACAGACUGGUCAAGGGCUGUGAGAGCAAGAGCCAGGAGAACGCCGAGAAUCAAGGAGGAUCUGACGACGGAGCCCAACGCAACGGAGAGGCAAACUAA